AUGGACUUUCUCUCGAAUUUGCCACAUGCCGCUAAAGCCGCCAUCGGCUUGGCGGCAGUCUAUGCUGUCUACCAGCUCCUCACAACCAUCACACUAUGGGCCGGGCGGCGAGAUUUCAAGCGAGAAAGGGGCGUAUUGGAUGCACCAUGGCUCCCACAGCGAGACAGGUUCUACGGCAUCGAUCUCUUCCUGGACAACAUCAAAGCGCUCAAGGAACACAGAUUCCUCGAACUGGGCUACAAACGCUUCACCGAGACAGGCCUCAACACCAUGCAGCUUGUUGCCCUGGGACGCCACAUGCAUAUGACCACCGAGCCCGAGAAUUUGAAGACUAUACAAGCCAUCGACCACAAGAAGUGGGGACUUGGCAAGCGGCGGAAGAUUGGGUUUGCUCCUUUGCUGGGGGCUGGUAUCUUCACGACAGAUGGUGCCGAGUGGCAGCAUUCUAGGGAAAUGCUUCGACCGAAUUUUGUUCGCUCGCAAGUCGGUGAUUUGGCAACAUUUGAGAAGCAUGUCAGCAACUUGAUUGCAGCGGUUCCUGCUGAUGGUGCUACUGUCGACUUGUCGGAUUUGUUCUUCCGUCUGACGAUUGAUUCUGCGACCGAGUUCCUCUUCGGCGAGUCUACGGAAUCGCUUACCAAGAACAGCUCCGAAGGUUUCGCAGAGGCGUUCACAUAUUCACAAGACUUCAUCGCCCACCGAUCGAGAUGGGGAAUGUGGGCCAAGCUUCUCAAGGCCAACGAUCGCUUCGAGAAGGACAGGAAAUUCGUCCACGACUUCGUCGAUUACUUCGUCCAGAAAGGUCUCGCAAAGCGAGACACCCUCCUCGCCGAGAAAGGCAAAGCCGAAACAAGCGGCCGAUACGUCUUCAUGGACGAGCUUGUCCGGCAAACAACAGACCCCAUCCGGAUCCGAAGCGAGCUCCUCAACAUCCUCCUCGCCGGCCGCGACACCACCGCAUCCCUCCUCACUAACACCUGGUUCAUGCUCUCCAAGCGCCCGGACAUCUGGACAAAGCUCCAAGCCGACAUCGCCACCUUAAACGGCGCCAAACCAACCUUCGAACAACUGAAAAACCUCAAAUACCUCAAAGCCCUCCUCAACGAAUCCCUCCGCCUCCACCCCGUCGUCCCCCAAAACAGCCGCGAAGCCCUCGAAGACACCACCCUCCCCCUCGGCGGCGGGCCCGACGGCCGCGCCCCCAUUUUCAUCAAGAAGGGUGAAAUCAUGGCAUGGAAUGUCUACGCGAUGCAUCGCCGUAAAGACUACUACGGUCAAGACGCCGAAGAAUUCCGACCGGAGCGCUGGCUCGAUGACCCAGAUACAGGCAAGAAGGGGCUGCGGCCGGGAUGGGAGUAUUUACCGUUUAAUGGGGGUGCGAGAAUUUGUCUGGGGCAGCAGUUCGCGUUGACGGAGGCGAGUUAUGCUACUGUGAGGUUGUGCCAGGCGUUUGCGGGGAUUGAGAGUCGGGAUGAGGAGGAGGUGUGGGUGGAGCAUCUUACGCUUACUUGUGUUAGUCUUAAUGGGGCUAGGGUGGGGUUGACGUCGAGGGGUGGGGGGUAG